AUGGAGCGAGUUCAUUUGUGUAUAUCUGUUUGGGAUUAUGACAAAAUGAGCAAAAACGAUUUUAUUGGAGAAGUAAUUCUCUCUUCUAUAAAUUUACAAAACCCUCAAGUUGUUCUCGCUGCUCAAGAACAUUGGACUGAAAUGAUGCUUACUCGGAGACCGGUUGUCAGGUGGCAUGCCCUUCAGACGCGUGAAAAAUGA